GCGGGGCCGUGGGGUCCCGGGGCAGACCGUGCGAUGCGGGGCUGCGGGAGCAGGAGCGGGCAGCCCGCAGGAACGCGGUGCAGCCCCCCGCCCGCCCCGCUGCCCGUGCCCCCGGUGCCACGUCCCGGCUCCGCAUCCCCUCCGUGCGGGGCAGGCUCGGGACGCGGUGCCCCCGUGGGAGGUGACCCGGCUGUCUCCAGGAGGAAACGCAGCUGCUGCUUUUGAGUCAGAAACCAGCAAAAGGAGAACCGAAAGGGUGGGGUGGGCCGGCCCCGGCCCGUCCUUCCUCCCCGCGCGGCCGACCCCGCGCCACAGCCACGCCGAGCCCAGCGCCGGGCCGCGCGGGGAGCGGGACGCGGGAGCUGCGGGAGCGCCGCUGAUCCCCCCCUGGGGGUCGCGGCCCCCCUGGGGCAGGCAGGAGAGAGCUCCUGAGCGAGGUUUUGGACGCAGCCAGUGCCGUGUGGGUGUCGCCCUGCCCUCGGUCCCUGAGCCAGCACGGCGUGGGGCCGCCCCGGGCUGCCAUGGCCAGUGUCCUCCUGGAGAGCAUCUUCCUGAAGCGCUCGCAGCAGAAAAAGAAAACAUCGCCCCUCAACUUCAAGAAGCGGCUGUUCCUGCUGACGGAGAGCAAGCUGUCCUACUACGAGUAUGACUUUGAGCGGGGGCGCCGGGGCAGUAAGAAGGGCUCAGUGGACAUUGAGAAGAUCACCUGUGUGGAGACCGUGGUGCCUGAGAACAACCCUCCCCCUGAGCGGCAGGUCCCGAGGAAAGGAGAGGAUUGCAACAACAUGGAGCAGAUCUCCAUCAUCGAACGGUUCCCUUACCCCUUCCAGGUGGUGUACGACGAGGGGCCCCUCUACGUCUUCUCCCCGACGGAGGAGCUGCGCAAGCGCUGGAUCCAUCAGCUGAAGAGCGUGAUCCGGUACAACAGCGACCUGGUGCAGAAGUAUCACCCCUGCUUCUGGAUCGAUGGGCAGUACCUGUGCUGCCUCCAGACAGCCAAGAAUGCCAUGGGCUGCCAGAUCCUGGAGAGCAGGAAUGGCAGUUUGAAAGUCGGGCGGUCGCAUCGCAAGACAAAGAAGCCUCUUCCUCCCACUCCUGAGGAGGAUCAGAUGGCAAUGAAGCCCCUGCCUCCUGAGCCCACCCCCAGCACGGCGGCUGAGAUGAAGAAGGUGGUGGCCCUCUACAACUACGUGCCCAUGAAUGCUCAGGACCUGCAGCUGCAGAAGGGGGAGGAGUACCUCAUCCUGGAGGAGAACAACCUGCCAUGGUGGAAAGCCAGGGACAAGAAUGGGAGGGAAGGAUACAUCCCCAGCAACUAUGUCACGGAAACCAGCGAUUCCUUGGAGAUCUUUGAGUGGUACUCAAAGAACAUCACUCGGAGCCAGGCAGAGCAGCUGCUGAAACAGGAGGGGAAGGAAGGGGGCUUCAUUGUCCGAGACUCCACCAGCAAGACAGGGAAAUACACUGUUUCUGUCUAUGCCAAGUCCUCAGUAGACCCCCAGGGCAUGAUCCGGCAUUAUGUGGUGUGCUGCACCCCCCAGAACCAGUAUUACCUGGCAGAGAAGCACCUCUUCAACACCAUCCCCGAGCUCAUCACCUACCAUCAGCACAACUCUGCUGGCCUCAUAUCCAGGCUGAAGUACCCUGUGUCUCAACACAAGAAGAGUGCUCCUUCCACAGCUGGCCUUGGCUAUGGGUCGUGGGAGAUUGACCCCAAGGAUCUGACCUUCCUGAAGGAGCUGGGGACGGGGCAGUUUGGAGUGGUGAAGUAUGGCAAGUGGAGGGGCCAGUACGACGUCGCUGUCAAGAUGAUCAGGGAAGGCUCCAUGUCAGAGGAUGAGUUUAUUGAUGAAGCCAAAGUCAUGAUGAACCUGUCUCAUGAGAAGCUGGUGCAGCUCUAUGGGGUGUGCACCAAGCAGCGUCCCAUCUUCAUCAUCACCGAGUACAUGGCCAACGGCUGCCUCCUGAGCUUCCUGAGGGAGAGCCGGCAGCGCUUCCAGCCUGCCCAGCUGCUGGAGAUGUGCAAGGAUGUCUGUGAAGCUAUGGAGUACCUGGAAUCCAAGCAGUUCCUGCACAGAGACCUGGCUGCUCGCAACUGUCUGGUGAACGACCAAGGGAUUGUCAAGGUGUCAGAUUUUGGCCUUUCCAGGUACGUUCUGGAUGAUGAGUACACCAGCUCCAUGGGCUCAAAGUUUCCAGUGCGGUGGUCUCCCCCAGAAGUGCUUCUGUACAGCAAGUUCAGCAGCAAGUCUGACGUGUGGGCGUUUGGCGUCCUCAUGUGGGAAGUUUACUCGCUGGGGAAGAUGCCUUACGAGAGGUUCAGCAACAGCGAGACCACAGAGCACGUCAUCCAGGGGCUGCGUCUGUACCGGCCGCAGCAAGCCUCGGAGCGGCUCUACGCCAUCAUGUACAGCUGCUGGCACGAGAAGGCGGAGGAGCGUCCCAGCUUCACGGCGCUGCUCAGCAGCAUCCUGGACGUGACGGACGAGGAGCCCUGAGGCGGCACCUGCGGCACUGCCGGACUGUCACACGGCCGCGGCCAGGCCGGGCUGAGCCCGGGGAAGGGCUCCCGCGGGGGCCGCACAAUAAACGAUCGAGCGCC